AUCGCCUGUCCAGCCUCAUGAUGUCAUCGGGGAGUUGUGAUGUCAUGGGUCCCUCCAAUGGGGGGGCUCCAAAUCCAGGAAGUCCCUCCUCCUCCUCCUCCUCCUCACUGACCAAUCACAAUCCCAAACCCACAACCCCAAUCAACCACAACCACAGCAACGAUAUACCGGUCACCUACAUUGAUGACGUCAUGACCAGACUAAGCUCCUCCGAUGUAAAGAGCGCCCUCUCUUCCAAUACCCUCAAAGCCCCUUCAGAAGCACAAUGUACUGAGACUAUGGCCUGUAAGUCAGCUGUAGACAGCAAGGCCCUGCCAGAGAAUGAGAAAAGCACGGUUCAGACUCCUCCAACAUUGCCCAGUCAGUUGGACUUCUCUGUCUUGGACUCUGGAAAGAAAUGCUGCCUCAUGCCUGUGGGUAAAACAUUCUUGAACAAUUACUCCAGAAACUUUAGCAGUAAUGUCACAGACGAGGGAAUGAAUGCUCUUUCAAAUAGGGUGGAGAGACCCCCCGGUGCCUCUGCUGCCGAUUCGAACUGCAACAUGUACGACAUGGUCGGCGACAGUGAUUCAGAGAGCGAAGACAGCCGUGGCGCUGCCGGCGAUAACAAAACGGCGAGCCGCAGUGUCGGCGCUGAGCCCCAGGACACGGAUUCUGAUGAGGAGGAAGUGGAGAUUUGUUACAGUGAGGCCCAGCGGCCCAGCACUCUGAGUCAGGCAGCGCUGACUCACCUAACAGAUGGGCCAUUGUCUCCACAGCUCCAUAUCUCUAUCUCUGGCUCUGACGGCAGCCACAGUACAAAGGAGACUAGGCCCUUUGAUGUAGCACUAGACUCUGCUGCUUCCUCCUCCUCCACUGUCACUACUACUUCAGCGGCCUCCCAGCAAAACGAAGACUGCUCUGUUGUAACAACCCAAUCCAACCCCGAUCAGAAACCAUUCCCCUCACUGUCUCAGGGUCUGCCUGCCUCUGGCUCUCUAUCCUCAGGUGCCUUUCUGGCUGUGGAGGCCAAAGGUUCCCAAUGCCAAGAAAUGCCCCGCCAGUCUUCCAACGACACAGAUUCUGUGGCCACUACAAGCCCUGCAGGGCCUUCAGAAAGUGGUGUCAACAGGGUUUGUGACACUGUUAUAACACAUCCAAUAAAACCCGGCCAUGCUCCUUCAUUAAGCGUCUGCAGUACCCCCAUUGCAGCGGCUAGCCACAACAUCGCGCGACAGAGUCAGGAGAGGUCAGCCCGACUCCGUACAAACGUUUCACCGGCUGCGGCUUUAGGAAAACUAUCUAACACACAAUCGUCAUCAUCCCACUCAACGGUGGGGGAGGCAAAUCCCUCCAACUAUAGCAAUGUCUGGUCAGGCGCAUCUAAACCAUUGUCAACAUCGCUAACAACAAGAGACAGUCAGAGAGAGAAAGUUCCCUCGUCAAUAUCGCUGACAACAAGAGACAGGGAGAGAGAGAAAGUUCCGUCGUCAACAUCGCCGACAACAAGAGACAGGGAGAGAGAGAAAGUUCCCUCGUCAACAUCGCUGACAACAAGAGACAGGGAGAGAGAGAAAGUUCCCUCGUCAACAUUGCUAACAACAAGAGACAGGGAGAGAGAGAAAGUUCCCUCGUCAAUAUUGCUAACAACAAGAGACAGUGAGAGAGAGAAAGUUCCCUCGUCAAUAUUGCUAACAACAAGAGACAGUGAGAGAGAGAAAGUUCCCUCGUCAAUAUUGCUAACAACAAGAGACAGGGAGAGAGAGAAAGUUCCCUCGUCAACAUCGCCAACAACAAGAGACAGGGAGAGAGAGAAAGUUCCCUCGUCAACAUCGCUAACAACAAGAGACAGGGAGAGAGAGAAAGUUCCCUCGUCAACAUCGCCAACAACAAGAGACAGGGAGAGAGAGAAAGUUCCCUCGUCAACAUCGCCAACAACAAGAGACAGGGAGAGAGAGAAAGUUCCCUCGUCAACAACAAGAGACAGUGAGAGAGAGAAAGUUCCCUCGUCAACAUCGCUAACAACAAGAGACAGUGAGAGAGAGAAAGUUCCCUCGUCAACAUCGCCAACAACAAGAGACAGGGAGAGAGAGAAAGUUCCCUCGUCAACAUCGCCAACAACAAGAGACAGGGAGAGAGAGAAAGUUCCCUCGUCAACAUCGCCAACAACAAGAGACAGGGAGAGAGAGAAAGUUCCCUCGUCAACAUCGCUAACAACAAGAGACAGGGAGAGAGAGAAAGUUCCCUCGUCAACAUCGCUAACAACAAGAGACAGGGAGAGAGAGAAAGUUCCCUCGUCAACAUCGCUAACAACAAGAGACAGGGAGAGAGAGAAAGUUCCCUCGUCAACAUCGCUAACAACAAGAGACAGGGAGAGAGAGAACGUUCCCUUAACAUCCCUGGACCUCAGGUUGGUCCAGAAUAACCCUAAUAGUCCCUCUCUCAGGACAUCCGGUCCCAAAUCAGUCAACAACAUUUCAACAGACAGUCCUCUAUCCAGCAGUAGCAGCAGGCUCAGAGUCAAUGACAAAGUCCAGAAGACCAGCAGCACUGCACCCAAAAUGAAGGGGCUCAACAUAAAGAGUAAAACCAAACCCCAGGAACAACUUUCCCCAAAACCAUCCAGAGCAGAAAGUCCGUCGGUUCUGAGGAAAGCCAACAACACUUCUCCGCUCCAGUCCCCCAAACUGCAAGCCAAGAAGGUGGGCUCCCCCCUGCAAACCAGGAACGUGGAUUCCCCUCUGCUUACCAGAAAGGCAGCCGUAACCAGCAGCCUAAAGAGUAAACAGCAAGACCGGAGCAGCAGUAGUAGUAGCCCUGCCACGCCCGUAACAGAUGGAGGCCAGGACAACCCCACAACCACUACUACACCAGAACCAAUCAGCCAAUCACAAUCAACUACCAAGAUGAAGGUAGAGGAGCAACGUCUACACAAAGAGGUGGAGCAAGGGAUUUUGGCGGUGGCCAAGUCAAAAGAACGACCAGAGCCAGUCCUAACUACCCAGAGGACCUUCAUCGAGGUGCGACUCUCAUCCUCAUCUCCCUCCUCCACGCCUACACCAGUUCUGGCACCAAAGGAAGUUGUGUAUUCAAACGAUUACUCAAUUCCUCAUACCAAAAAUAUUACUCAACACAAGGAUCAGGUCAAUGGAAAUCCAGUAGAGACCAGUCUAUGGUCAGGAACCCCUGCAACCCCUGGCUCGGUGUGUAAUCUUGAAAAAGUCAACAACACUACCAGUGAAUCAGCAGUGAACUCGAUAGUCCUAGAAUCCGUAGAUGGGGUUCCUUUGCCUAUGAGCAAUGGUCCCACAGACAUCUCUCACAUGAACUGUAGUAUAACAGAGACGGAUGAAACUGAGAGCCUCAAAGCAAACAAGUCCAAACUGAAGGCGAUGGAGCGUCGUAGUUUCUCCACAGACAACAGCGUCUCAGGGGACCCAAACCCCUUCUCUGUCCGCCAGAGGAUCAAGUCCUUUGAGAACCUGGCCAGCUUCGACAAGCCAGUGCUCAAAUGCAUCGACAUCCAGUCCUUCGCUCAGUCCUAUGCUCUGACAGCAACGUUGAAGCCGCCUCUCAACCGGAGACUGUCUGGCUACAUGUCUGGAUCGGUGAGCUCCAUAGACUGUCGUUCACUACGAAGGAGCUUCAGUUCGUGCAUCGACAACUUCAACGCAUUAACCACCUUGACCCCAAUGUCGCCUCAGCUUCGCAAGUCGCCGUCGAGCCUGACCCUCACAAACUUUGACCUGUUGACGCAAAGCUGCAGCACUAGCGAAGCUCCCCUCGGACAUAUCCAGGACAAACUUGGAGAUGGAGAAAGUCACAGAAUCUCCCCAGGAGUUGUAACCCUAACCCCUCAGACGCCUCCGGUGAUGCGGAGUCGCCAGGCCCGAGGUCAUGCCAACCUGUCCCGGUCCAGACUGAGGGAGCUCAGGGCCCUUAGCAUGCCCGACCUGGACAAGCUCUGCACCGAUGACUUCUCCAGCGACCCAGGGACCAACGCCAUCAUUAAGACGUCGCUGGAGAUACACCCGGCCAGGCCCACAGAGGUCGUUCAGAACCAAACAGGGGGCUGUUCCCCGCCUGCUAACCCCACCGGGGUGCACCCGACCAGGGCCAGCUGGGCGGAUGCCGGGGCUAGCCUGGACCCCAUUCAGAGGAAAACCAACUGUCAGCAGGCAGAUAUUCAGAACUGGUCCAUCAGUUUGACAGUGCUGGCUGGCUCUCCGGUGGAGCAGAGUAAGCUGCAGGCGGUCCUGGCCUCCGUGACCACCAAGACAGACGUGUUGGCACUGCUACAGGAGGCCAAGGCUCUCUCUGAGGAUAAAGAUGAUACCCACUUUGUAGUCUUCUCUAAAGAAGAGGGAUCUGGACUUGGUUUCAGCAUCGCUGGUGGAAUGGACCUUGAGCAGAAGUCCAUAACUGUCCAUCGGGUGUUCUCUAAAGGCGUGGCCGGCCUGGAAGGAACCAUUCAGCGUGGGGACAGUAUCCUGUCCAUCAACGGCAGCAGCUUGGAGGGGAUGUCCCACGUAGAAGCCGUGUCCUGUCUCCACCAGGCUAGACUGUCCACUCAGGUCCUGGUGGUUAUUCGCAGGGGGAAGGACAGUGAAGGACAGAUGUCCCCGAGACAACAUGACCUGUCCCACCACACCGGAAGAAGCUACUCCCUGGGAUGCAGAGAGAACUGGCCUGAGACGACUAGAUCUGUUAUGGGACUGGGAGUGGUGGAGGUGGGUCCUGACGGGGCUCUGAGGGUGGAGCUGCUGAAGACGUCGGCUGGUCUGGGCUUCAGUCUGGAGGGGGGCAAAGCCUCGGCACACGGAGACCUACCCCUCAACGUUAAACGAGUCUUCAAAGGUGGUGCUGCGGAGCUGUCGAGGGUGGUGGACGUGGGGGACGAGGUACUGGAGGUCAACGGACGCUCGCUGCAGGGCCUCAUGCAUUACGACGCCUGGAACAUCAUCAAGGCCGUCAGCGAAGGCCCCGUGCAGCUGGUCAUCAGGAAACCGCGGACCUCCGUAUGACAGACACACAACAGACAUAUAUAGAACUAAUAUGAAGAACCAGACGUACCUCGCAGAACACGUAUGUCAGCUUGAGGUGACAUAAUAUAUAAUCCAGGACUUUUGUAUGACAGACAUACAACAGACACAUCUCAGAGAACUAUAUAUAUAUAGCUACGAUGGCUGAAAUGUUAUUAUCAUGACAUAUUCUGAUGAAACGGACAGACAUUGGAAAGCGGUUAUUUUGUUAAAGCAGACUGCAAUUCGGUCCGGAAUGUCAAAUAGAGUGUCAAAACCAGAUCGUGGAGUAUGAAGCAUUCUUUCUUUUAUUUUCGUGUUUCAUACAGGAGGAAAAGACACUAUUAUAGUGUUCUAUACAGGAGGACAAGACACUAUUAUAGUGUCUUAUACAGGAGGACAGGAUACUAUUAUAGUGUCUUAUACAGGAGGACAAGACACUAUUAUAGUGUCUUAUACAGGAGGACAGGAUACUAUUAUAGUGUCUUAUACAGGAGGACGAGAGGCUAUUAUAGUGUCUUAUACAUGAGGACACAAUACUAUUAUAGUGUUUCAUACAGGAGGACAAGAUACUAUUAUAUUGUUUUAUACAGGAGGAUAUUAGACUAUUAUAGUGUUUCAUACAGGAGGACGAGAGGCUAUUAUAGUGUGUUAUACAGGAGGACGAGAUACUAUUAUAGUGUUUUAUACAGGAGGAUAUAGACUAUUAUAGUGUUUUAUACAGGAGGAUAUUAGACUAUUAUAGUGUUCUAUACAGGAGGACAAGAGGCUAUUAUAGUGUCUUAUACAGGAGGAUAUUAGACUAGUAUAGUGUUUUAUACAGGAGGAUAUUAGACUAGUAUAGUUUUUUAUACAGGAGGAUAUUAGACUAGUAUAGUGUCUUAUACAGGAGGACAAGAGGCUAUUAUAGUGUUUUAUACAGGAGGACGAGAGGCUAUUAUAGUGUUUUAUACAGGAGGACGAGAGGCUAUUAUAGUGUCUUAUACAGGAGGAUAUUAGACUAGUAUAGUGGUUUAUACAGGAGGAUAUAGACUAUUGUUGUGUUUUAUAUAGGAAGACGAGAGGCUAAUAUAGUGUUUUAUACAGGAGGACAAGAUACUAGUAUAGUGUUUUAUAUAGGAAGACUAGAGGCUAAUAUAGUGUUUUAUACAGGAGGAUAUUAGACUAUUAUAGUGUUCUAUACAGGAGGAUAGGAGAGUGUCUUUAUGGUGGAAUCUUGGAAUAUCUCUACAAGGUGUCGAAAGCGUUCCACAGGGAUACUGGCCCAUGUUGACUCCAAUGCUUCCACAGGGAUACUGGCCCAUGUUGAGUCCAAUGCUUCCCACAGUUGUGUCAAGUUGGCUGGAUGUCCUUUCGGUGGUGGACCAUUCUUGAUACACACAGGAAACUGUUGAGCCUGAAAAACCCAGCAGCGUUGCAGUUCUUGACACAAACUGGUGCGCCUGGAACCUACUACCAUACCCUGUUCAAAGGGACUUCAAUCUGCUGUCUUGCCUAUUCACCCUCUGAAUGGCUCACACACACAAUCCAGGUUUCAAAGGCUUAAAAAGUCCUUCUUCAACCUGUCUCCUCCUCUUCAUCUACACUGAUUGAAGUGGAUUUAACAAGUGACAUCAAUAAGGAUCAUAGUUUUCACCUGGAUUCACCUCGUCAGUCUACGUCAUGGAAAGAGCAGGUGUUCCUAAUGUUUUGUACACUCAGUGUUGUGUACUAGUAUAACUGCUGUUGUUUAUAAUUAACUGCUGUUUGUGUACAAUCAGCUCAAUCAGACUUCACUACAGCAAAAGUUGUUUUUUUCUCUCUUAAAAUGUGAUUAUUUUAUGAAAAACAUUAAAUUGUCACUUUGCCUUUAAAACCA